GUUGUAGCCUCUCCCAGCAGUGCCAGCACCAUUGCUAUCACCAUUGCCAGCACCAUUGCUAGCACCACCGCUAGCACCACCGAUAGCACCAUUACCAGCACCAUUGCUAGCACCAUUGCUAGCACCACCGCUAGCACCACCGCUAGCACCACCGCUAGCACCACCGCUAGCACCAUUGCUAGCACCAUUGCUAGCACCAUUACCAGCACCAUUGCUAGCACCAUUGCUAGCACCAUUACCAGCACCAUUGCUAGCACCAUUGCUAGCACCACCGCUAGCACCACCGCUAGCACCACCGCUAGCACCACCGCUAGCACCACCGCUAGCACCACCGCUAGCACCACCGCUAGCACCACCUCUAGCACCACCGCUAGCACCACUGCUAGCACCAUUGCUAGCACCUUGAUUACCAGCACCAUUGCUAGCACCACCGCUACCAUUGCCAGCACCAUUGCUAGCACCACCGCUAGCACCAUUGCUAGCACCACCGCUAGCACCAUUGCUAGCACCACCGCUAGCACCAUUGCUAGCACCACCGCUAGCACCAUUGCUAUAGUGCGUUUCAAAAGUAUAGACCUCUAGAUUUUUUCGAAUAAUUCAAAUUUGGUUUGAGCUUUUUGAGAAAUUUCUUCGGAAUAUUGCUCAGGUAGCUCACGCAAUUUUUCUCAUGUAAAUUUCUAAGCCAUUGGAUAACAGACGCCCAAUUUUGAAAAUUUUAUGCACAAAGUGAUCACAGAUUUUAUGUGGUAUAGAUGCUGGCCUAACGGUUUUUUGAAACCAGAGGUCUGGACUUUUGAAACGCACUAUAGCACCGUUGCUAGCAGCUCCGGCAGCCCUGUAGAUGGAGCGGUAGCUGAAUCUGUAUAAGGCUUAGGCAUCCAAUACUGUCUCCGGAUAGUUUCUGUGGACUGGAACUCUGCACUGCGUAUACAAGGUGUCACUGCGUAUACAAGGCAUCACUACGUAUACAAGGCGGCACUGCAUGUGUUCUAAUACAAGAAGUUUGACCCGUGGAUGAGGUAGGGGCGUCUUUGUAAAAGGUGUAAGGGGUUAGCGGUACCCGUCUUCACACAUGAUCUGUAUGCUAUUUGUCAACU